CUUAUGAUCACUUGUUUUGACUUUAUGUCAUUAAGCAAAGGUUGUUGUUCAUCUUUUGCUGGCACAUAAUAAAAACCUCACAAAAUUUCAACAAAAGGUAUUUCAUAACAUCGGAACAUGUGGAUGUUUACUUCUACUCUACAACAUUAUCAACACUGCAGUAACAAACAAGAAUAUCAUUAUAUUCAUACUGGAAAUUAAAUUGUACGAAAUACAAUAUCACGCCUUUGUGAUUGUGAGGACGCUAGCUAACAGAGCAUACGAUGAUCUGUGUAAAAAAGGAAUUUAUUUCUGUGUUUUAUUAUAGAAGGCAUGUAUUGAAGUUCAUGAAAAAUGCUUUCUUAUAACACCGUCGCAUAAGAAGGGAAAGUUUGUAUCUUCUGGAUUAGAUAAUAAAGUCACAGUCAGAAAAUGUUGCCGUCAUGUCUCCAGAGUAAUGAAUUGAUAUACAAUAUUACAACGGCUUUAUUUUGUCACAGACUUCUAGAAAUGUUCUUCGGAGAUAAAUCAGUGGUUCUUUGGGAUCCAGUGUUUGAUGCAAAUAAUUACAGAUUUGUUGCAAAUAGCCUGAAUGGAGCUUUCCCGGAAGGAUAUUCCAUUGUGCCCGACAUUUACAAUGCAACAAGUAUAUCUAUGGUAUGUACUGGAUUAAGUGAAAACGAAUGUCAGAAAUGGAUUUCUUGCUCACGUGCAGCCAGAGAUUGUUGCAAAAGACAAAAAGCAGCUGAAUUGUCAGGAACAGGUCAAGAAUUUUAUUGCCAAAUUACAUGGGACGGGGUAUCUUGUCUGAAUGCCACUCCCAAUGGAACUAUUCUCAACCUGCAAUGCCCCUCAUAUUAUAUUCCUACGCAUGAUUCAAGGACAUUCUCAACCGAGUGUUUGCCUAUUGGAGAAUGGAAAGAGCGUGGUAUUGAAAACGGCACGCUUGUGGCAUAUAAAACUUGCAAAGUACCGAAAAAGGUAUUCGGAGCAGAUUUCAUAGAAGAGCACAUCAUGGUAACCUUGGCUACAAACCUGAUAAGCUUAGCAUUUACAUUGCCUGCCAUAGCAAUUUUAACUCUUUUCAGAUUCCCAGGCAACACGGAUUCCAGAAGAAGGCUUCGAAGAAUUCACAGAAUUCACCAGCAUUCUCUGCUCUCUCUAAUACUGGUUAGCAUUGUAACCCUGAUUUGGGACGAAGUUAUUGCCAAAGAACACAUCCUCAAAUUGCAAAAUGGAGCAAGUCAAAUCGAUUUAAAUUCGGCCAUUUGCAAGAUUCUACAUAUCACUCAGAGGUAUCUUCGAUCCACUACCUAUUUCUGGAUGUUUGUAGAGGGACUCAAUGUUCUCGUUCCGUUGCUUCCAAGUUUCCAAAAAGAGAUAAGCAUGGGAUGGAUGUAUUUCAUCGGAUGGGGAGUUCCCACAAUCCCCAUUGCAAUUUAUGCAUCUUUGAGGGCGGGAAUCAAUGAUUACGAUUUUAAGUGCUGGAUAUAUCCAGUUCUUGAGUUGGAAUUCAUAAUUAUAGGACCAAUUGUUAUACCUGUAUUUUGUAACAUUAUUUUCCUUGUCAUUAUUGUGGUGACAAUUGUAAUUAAAGAACGAAAAAUGAAUGAAUCCCGACCACCUUUUUGCCAUUCUGCGCCGAAGCCACUUCGAGCACUCUUUUUUCUCAUUCCAUUAUUUGGUCUCCACUUCAUUUUGGCCUGGGUACUUCACGUGUUCGAUGGAACAUGGUGCUUUGUUGUAUACAGUAUAGUAGAAGGAUUACAGGGUUCUUUAGUAUCCAUCUUAUGGGUUUUCUGCAGUAAAAAGUUACGGGAUUCCAUAAGGGCCUCCAUUCAACGGAAAUGUCCACAACUCUUCCUCCGAUUUGGGGAACGUAAACUCAGUGCCUUGUCCAGCACACAUCUCACACACGUGUUGCACCCUGUACAUAACACAGCAAUAGCACGUGAUGGCAGUCCACAGGAGGCUGAAUUACAGAGACUAGCAGCUGAGGAGAGAUGACAUAUUAAUUGCAUGACUUUUUAAGCCUAUUCUCUACCUUUUUUUAAUGGAAAUACACUUCCUUUAUUUCUCUUCUUCGUUUUACAAUAGUCUUAGCAUUAUCACAUGUAUUUAAAAACUUUUUUUGAUUGGCUCUGACAUGUGUGCAAUAUUAUAAUAUGACUUAAUAAUGUGUGUUUGAAGUUCAACAGCAUAUAAGUUUUACAUUUUUAUCAAAUUGAAAAAAAAAUGCUCUUUUCACGAGAGUGUGUAUUGUAUUUUUAUAGAUUAGUAUGUUUCAGUUUCAGUCUUAUAUUUGCUGUAGUGAUAUCUGUAUGACGUUUUGAAAACAAUAGCUGAGAGUACCAACUCUACCAAAAUGUCUGAUAACUCAAGGAUCUCAUGUUCUUAUAUACUAAGAAUGGAUUUAUAGUAUGUCAAAAUGCCAACAUUUUCAUAUUCUGAUCAGAUUGAAGUUCAUGGGACACAAACCUCUAUGUAGAUGCUAUGCACAGAAAAUAUGUUUAUUCCUGUUGAUUUUCUUUUUUUUUCAAUUUUUGUUAUCCAUUUAUUUCAUAUUGUGUUUGAAGUAGCGUUUUUUCUUCUAUUCUUAUUUUAUUCAAAUAGUUUUUUACAAGUAUUAUUAUUCCUCAGGCUUUUUUUCUUUUACCUGGUUUAAAUGUAAACAAUAAUAAAAAUUAAAUCCAUACCACAAACUGA